AUGGUUGGUGUAGUUAUUGCUGCUCAAACUAAUACUCAUAAUAAUAGUAAUCAUCAAAGUACAAAACAAGAAAUCGAUACUGUACUGAACAAUUCAAAUCCAUGUUUAUCUAUGACCAAUGUAUCUGGUCAACAACAUUUAACAAAUGAUCAAGAGAGUCCAUUAUUAAUUGAUGAUGAUAACAGUAACAACAACGAUAAUGUCUUGACAAAAGAGAAUCAUUCAGAAUGCCUUAUUGAUCGUUUAUUUAAACAAAAACAAUUGAUAUUAGAACGUUUAACAGAAGAAUUACAUAAAUAUGAACAAUUAUGUUGGGAUGAAAUGUCAAUUACAGGUAUUGUCUGUGAACAAUCCAAUGCCUUCAUUGAUUCAUUCAAUAUUCGAUGUAACAGUGAAACAAGAAAUCCAAUUAUAACUACACCCAAUAGAAUAUUAAAUUCAUUGAAUGAUGGUGUUGCUUCUUCAACACCGACGACAACAACAAAUCGAUCUAGAGGUAUAGCUGCACGAUUGAAAUUUCGUAAUUCACGUCGAUCAAAAAGUGCUCAUGAUAGAAUACCAGAAUCUCCACAAAGAUCAUUACAUAUACGAAAUAAAACUGACAUAUCACCUAGUCGACGUAAUUCCAUUACAGCUAAUCUAACCGAUGAUAAUUUAGAAUCGAAAAAAUCAUGGAAAUGGUGGCGAUUUCACAAAGAUAAUGAGUUAUCACACAACAAUAAUAAUAAUAAUAAUAAUCACAUACAUCGUCGUCAAUCUAUAGGAUUCAUUCCUGAAAAUCAAUAUUUACGUGGUGGCAGUCUACCACCCACUGAUAAUAAUAGUAAUAAUAAUAAUACCAAAAUGGAAAUGAAGUCGCCAUUAGAAAGUCAAAAUGUACACAUGAGAAAAUCAAUACAAUCCGAUGAUUGUUUGAAUGUGUUCAAUGUUCAACAACCACAACAACCAAACAUUGAUGAAUGUAAUCCAUUCAUUAAUAAUCAUAGUCAUGUCAAUGUCCUCCACCAUCUUCCUCAUCAUCAUCAGCCUCUGCAGCAACAUCAGUCUUUUCGUCAGAAUCAAUUGAAACCAGCUCAUCAUCAUCAUCAUCACCACUACCACCCACAACAACAACACCAUCUACAAUCAAAUGGUAAUAUUGUUCACAAUGAAUCACAAAAUAAAACUCAACUGUCUAAAUGUGUAGCUGCUAAUGAUUUACAACGAAUUCAUUGUCAUCAUCAGAGAGUACGUCAUUUUAGUGGAAACCAGGUGAAUGAGCCUCUAUUUUAUAAUCAUCGAUCAAAUCAACUGGAACUUUGUGAAUACACUACUCCACAUAUCAUUGAUUCAUCCUAUUGUCAUAUUCCAUCUAUCCAAUACACUACUAUUCAACAACAAUCACAACCAACAACAACAACAGCAAAUAAACUUUCACAUAAUCAUCAUCUAUUCUAUCUUUCACCAGUGUUAUUAUCAUCUUCAUCAACUGCUUCUUCUUCAUCGUAUACCACAGGGAAUAAACAACACCACCAACAACAACAGACCAAUCGAAUUCAACCUACAUCAAAUGCUUAUUUUUAUUCAUUACAACGUACUAAUCGUUCAUUAUCUUAUACAAAACAAUAUUCAUUUGAAGCACCAUCAAGUAUUGCUAUUGUGACAACUAGUAUUAUCCCUUCAAAAAUUCUUACAACCAAUAUGAUAUCGACUUUACCGCCGUCCACUACUACUGUACCACCAAUACCUCCAAGAGUAAAUGGUCGUCGAUCAAUAGUUUUAAAUAAUCCUCAUCACCAGCAUCCUAAAUGCAUAGAACAUACUAUUAUUCCAUCAAGUCAUAUGAAUAAAACAUUACUUAUGACUAAGCAUCAAUUACAAUGUAAUGAUAUUAAUAAUAAUGGUAUUACAAUUAGUAGUAGUAGUAGUAGUAGUAGUACAAUAGUUACAUCUACCAAUACUACUCAUACUACUAAUAAUACUACUAAUACUACUAACAUGAUGAAUAUAUGUAAACCAACAGCUGAGACUAUAAUGAGUUUAUUAUCUUGUAAUAUGAAUAAUAAUUUACAAUGUUUUGAUCGACAAAAUCAACAUUUUUAUUUAAAUUGUCUACAUGAUCAUCAGCAUGAACAAUUAGAACAACAACAACAACAACAACAACAGAAUUCUAGGAAAGUGAAUAUUUUAUCAAAUAACGCAGUUCAUGAUAAAAUAUCAUCAAAUCAUUCAAGUAAUAAUAAUAAUAAUAAUCAUGUUCAUAGAAUUUCAGAUUUAAAACAUCCACAUCAAUCAUUACAAUUUCUUCCUACAAAAUCAAUUCAUCAUCAACCUCAUGCAACUGCUCAUGGUGUAAACUUUGUAGUCAUGUGUAAUGAUGACAGGAAUUCGAAUCAGUCAGCAAAUCAUCAAACUAAUAACCAAUCAAAUCCUACCAAUCGUGUCAAUCAUAAUAAUAAUAAUAAUGUUAAUCUCUUAUUGUUCAAUAAUCAAGCUCAUAUUGGAUUAUCAAUGAAAAAUGAACAUUCAUUAAAUACAAUAAUACCCAGUAGAUUACAAUCAUCUCAUAUCAUGUCAAAUCCUCAUAGUCAGUUGGUACACAGAAAUCAUUCUUUUAUCAAUCAUGUAAAUAAAAGUAAUGAACCUGUAUUCUUCUACCAAUCAAAUCAAACCAGAUCUACAAUUAAUCCUUCUAGAAUCAUUACAAAUGGAUUUAAAACUGUUCAACCAAUUGUCUCAUCAACAUCAUCAUCAUCAUCAUCGGUAGUGUGUAAUACUACAAUAAAUCGUACUACUGGAUGGGAAACUAAAAUGAAUUGUAUAAAUAAUAAUAAUAAUAAUAAUAAUAAUAAUAAAACAUUGCCUACACGUUAUUUAAUUCCUAUUGAUUCAACAAAAUAUUGGCAACCAAUCAUACAUGGACCCCCAUUCAAUAAUCAAUCUCAUACAGUACACUAUCCUCAAACUAUUAUCACUCCUUCAUCGACGUCGACGUCUCCUUCUUCUUCUAAUUAUUUAAACAAAACUAAACUACUCACUUAUCAUAAAACUAAUCAAAUCAAUCAAUCCGGCAAAACCAGUGAUAAAUAAUCCGCAGUGAACUAACUCAUCAUCGAUUAUGUUCAAUUUUUCAAUUGCUGAGAAUAUAAUAAUAA